AUGUCUGACCUAGGUAGCCAGCCUGCAGACUCCAGAAUCAACUCGGAGGAUGGGAGGAAAUACUGGCAGAAUGUAGAUGCGGAUGUGAACGGGAUGCUGGGAGGAUUCCCCUAUGUCUCUAGAAUCGACCUGCAGGGCUCGCGGAACUUUCUGGCCAAGCUCGGCAUCGGGACGAAACAAGGCCUGCGGACGGUGGAGUCUGCUUUAGAAGGAGGUGCCGGCAUAGGUCGCAUCACUGAGGGACUCCUGCUUAACAUCGCCCAGGAGGUCGAUGUGGUCGAGCCCAUCGCCAAGUUCACACAGGACCUUGCCAGGAAGCAAGGCGUCCGACAAGUCUUUAACGUCGGUCUGGAGGAGUGGCAGCCCGCCGAGGGCGACCGGUACGACCUGAUUUGGAAUCAGUGGUGCCUGGGCCACCUCACCGACGAGCAGCUGGUCGCCUACCUGCAGAGGUGCAAGAACGUCCUUGCCCCCGGCCAUGGCUUGAUUAUCGUCAAGGAGAAUGUCACUAGUAAUGAUGUUGAGGUUUUUGACGAGCAGGACAGCGCCGUUACGAGGACGGAUAAGAAGUUUUUAGAAAUCUUCGAGAGAGCAGGCCUCAAGUUGGCCAGGAUGGAGAUCCAGAGAGGUUUUCCGAAGGAGCUGUUCCCCGUGAAGGCCUACGCCCUCAAGCCUCAAGAUUGA